UUUCUUCCCAAAACCCCAGCUCUCCGCCGUUUCCCACUAGUACCCGUCCUUUCUCCGCUCCGGUGAGCUUCCACCCCCUCCACCCGAUCUCUUCUCCCUCUCCGGUGAUCUCCUCUCUUGUCUCCGGCGAGCUUCCACCCUCUACACCCGAUAUCCUCUCCCUCUCCGGCGAUCUCUUCUCCCUGUCUCCUGCGAGCUUCGUCCCCCUCCACCCCAUCUCCUUGCCCUCUAUGGCGAUCUCUUCUCCCGGAUGCAGCGAGCUUAGCUCUGUCAUCGCGGGUUCCUCCUACACCUCCGCAGAUGACGCAAAAAAUGCCACAUCACCACGUGCGCCACCGGGGCUGUACCACCCCUGGGAAUGCUUCGUCCCUUUAUCCUUGCAUUACAACAGUGGAUCCAAUUCCAGUGAUUAAGACCUAUACAAGAACUUUUGCUCAGAGUGAUCAAACGCUAUCUCAAUAUCCUCUCUCUGCUAUCCAAUUUAUCUAAGAAGAUCGUUCCCUCUACUGCUAAAUGACAAAUAGUAGCAAAAGCUCGAAGGCUAUCAUAAAUUACGAGAUUCAAACGAAAGAAAUCAUUCAAGCGGGUCAGUACACUAUAAUUCUGUUGUUACGCCACCGGAUGACAUUCAUCACGUAUUUCCCGGAUUAUAUCAAGACAGCAAGCUUCAUUUCUUCGUAUUUUGGACUGCAGAUGGCUAUCAAUCAACUGGUUGUUAUAAUCUUCAAUGAUCCUCACACCGGCGACUGGUGGUUAUAUAGAGAAGAUUUAGCCAUGCCCCAAGUAAUAGGAUAUUGGCCGAAGUCACUUUUUACAACUUUAGCUGAUAGUGCAACUUUGAUCAGAUGGGGUGGAUUUGUCACCUAUUCGCAGAAAGAAACAGGUCCUCCAAUGGGCAGCGGGCAUUAUCCUGAUGAAUUAGAACAAAAAGCAGCAUAUAUCAAAAAUAUCGAGCUUUUUAACUCAGAUGGCAAAUCCUGUGACCUUAUUGACGGCAUGCAAUCUGCAUAUACUGAUGCGAGAAAAUGCUACAAAGUUUCUGCACUUGUCGACUCAAGCAAGUUCGGAUUACAUGAUGGAUUUUUAUUUUAUUUUGGCGGGCCGCCAGGUUGUACUAAAUGAUAGCAACUAUUAGCAUAAUUGUCAAAUAAAAUACUAAGUUUCUAAGUUGUCAGCUGCGGCUGUACCUGUCCUACAACCAUUCUAAGUGCUAUAUCGAAUUGCAAUUACUCCUUUUGUUGAGAAUUCCUAAAGUUUAAUUAACAAUUUAUCUUGCCUUUAAUUU